AUGGCCUGUUACCCUCAGGACGGAGAAGAAACGUUUCUGAUGCCGCUGAAGAAGAGGAAACAUCUGCCGUGUCCCGGCGAUGGUCAGUCGCUGCGUGGAAAACGGUGCGAAACGGGCCCGGACAAGUGCGGCCCGCCCAAGCCCCGCAGUCGUAGCGCAUGUGCGAAAGAAGUCGACGAGCAGGUGACCUGCCCCGAACCAUGCUUCGAGGACUCGGUAGAGUGGCAGUCGACCAAGUGUGCGGCGGCGGGCCUGUUCCGGGCGCUGGGCCAGCACUAUGACGAACCUUGGUUCCCGACCGUGGUCAACGAGUGGUCAGCGCUGUACUACCAGUGCAACCACGCAGCCGAUUACUGGUGUGCCCGGGACAAGUGGCUGUGCGGUGACGAGGAGGUCCGGCUGGCAGUGUGGUCCGAGGUGCUCAGGCAUCGAGAACAGCACGAAAGGCAGCUGGAUCAGCUGAACCGGAACGUAUUGAGUGACACCGGAAAGUGCAACCCAAACGCUGACCUGAUGGACGUGCACGACGGAUGCAACGCUGAGGUACAAUUCGGUAUCAGCGCUUGA